UCUACCGGCGCAAGAGAGGCAUGACAGACAGCAAAGAUGGCGGCGCCUAUGAGCAACGUGGAUGAAAUUCGUGAUAGAGUAAUAUUGGGUGAAUUUGGCGUAAAAAAUGUCCAUACUACAGAUUAUCCAGGAAAUUACCCUGGUUACGAUGACACAUGGGAUUUGGAAAAAUUCAAAAAGAAUUUCAGGAUCGAUAUAGUUCAUUCGGAUGAGAACAUGUUGGAGUUUGAUAUGAUUGGAAUAGACGCUGCCAUCGCCAAUGCAUUUCGCCGUAUAUUACUGGCUGAGGUCCCAACAAUGGCCAUCGAAAAAGCCUUCAUUUACAAUAACACAUCGAUCAUUCAGGAUGAGAUUCUAGCUCAUAGACUUGGUCUUGUGCCCAUAAAAGCAGAUCCUCGUCUUUUUGAGUACAGGAAUCCAGAGGAUCAGGAAGGCACCGAAAUUGACACAAUUCAACUUCAGCUGAAGGUAAAAUGCACCAGGAAUCCUAGAGCCCCUAAAGACUCUUCAGAUCCCAAGGAGUUAUAUCUUAAUCACAUGGUCUACUCAGGUGACAUAAAAUGGCUCCCAAUUGGAAACCAAGCCGAUGUGUUUGCAGAUGCCAAGAUUGGUCCUGUGCAUGGGGACAUUCUCCUGGCACAACUUCGACCAGGGCAGGAACUUGAUAUAGUCAUGCACUGUGUCAAAGGAAUAGGCAAAGAUCAUGCCAAGUUUUCUCCUGUGGCCACUGCAAGCUACAGACUUCUUCCUGAAAUCACAUUAUUACAGACCAUUGAGGGAGAACAAGCAGAGCGGUUAAAGCGCUGCUUCUCACCAGGAGUUAUUGAGAUACAGAAUGUGAACGGAAGGAAGGUGGCUAAAGUUGUCAACAGCCGUUUAGACACAUGCAGCAGAGAAGUUCUUCGGCAUGAUGACUUGAAGAACUUUGUGAAACUGGGCAGAGUGCGGGAUCAUUUCAUAUUCUCAGUUGAGUCCACGGGGAUCCUCCCUGCUGAUGUCCUGGUUACUGAGGCCAUUAAUGUCCUCAUCUCUAAGUGCCAGAAGUUUCUUACAGAGCUUGAUGCGGCAGAAAUGGACUAGAUGGAAGAAAAUAAGGCCAGUCACACUCAUCCCAUAGCUUUGAAUGAAGUCAUGGGAUUGGUUUACUGACACUGUACAAAGCAUUUAAAGCUUUAGCUAAAAAAAAAACUCCUUUUACAAGUUGUAAAUUCAUACAAAUUCCAGUGAGCAAUUUAAGGCCAUAAGAGAAUUCUGGAGAUUUCUCUGGAGACAUUCAAGUUUAUUUGUUUCUUUUUAGUCAAGUUAAUCUGUUUUGUUUGAGUUGUCCAGCUAUAACAAAACAAUGUAAGUCACAUAUUUGACACAACACAUUUUGUGACAUAUUUAUGUUUUUCCAUGUAUAUUAAACUUUUGCUGUUGACAAAA